CAAUUGGGAGGUUUUUUGGCCCCAUUUGUAAUCUUGGGCUCAUUUCUACUAUUGGGCGGUGUUUUCACAUUCAUAUUAAUGCCACGAACUGUGGAGCCAUCCGUUCAAAAGUCGGGAAACUUCUUUAGUUUCAUAGCAGACGCCGGCGUACUAUUGGACGCCUUAGCGAUCGCCACAUCUCUCAACUUCAUUGGCUUCAAUGCGGCCACUCUUGAGCCACACCUCCGAAGAUUCGAUGAGUUGUGGUUAACUAUCCUCUCAUUGGUAUUCAUUGGUUUGGGAAUCGCAGCAAAACUGGUCACCGCUUUCAUCAGUGCUUUACAGGACUCCAUCCAUAGGCGAGGCUUUCCCAGUGAUAUCUCAACUUAUGGUUUAGUGUCAGCCAUGUAUUUCUCAGCCAAUUCUAUAGGGGCAUUUAUAGGACCCACUUUGGGAGGAGUCCUCUUAGAUAGUGUUGGCUACAGAAGUGGCACUUUUGUUAUACUCUUUAUCGACGCUAUUUUGUUAAUGUUCAAUGAUUUGUAG